AUGCGAUCUCUUCUGCUCCCAACCACGGCUGUUGCGCUAUUCAACACUCCGAUCACUGCCUCGGAUGCUCCCACAGCCGCCGUCAAGAAUGGUUCUUACUUCGGCGUCUACCAGCCAGCCUACGACCAGGACCUCUUCCUUGGCAUGCCGUUUGCCCAGCCUCCCGUCAACAGCCUUCGCUUUCGGAAUCCAGAACCGCUCAACACGACCUGGACUGACAUCAAAAACGCAACUGAGUACUCUCCCGAAUGUUACGGCUACGGCAGUGAUCACAACAUAUCGGAAGGAGACAACCUGCCUGUCGGAGUCUGGAUUUACGGCGGUGGUCUUACCCAGGGUGGUGCCCGUGAUCCUCGCUACAAUCUGUCUUACAUCGUGGAAGAAGCUGUAGCAGCCGGCAAGCCGUUCAUCGGCGUCAGCUUCAACUAUCGUCUUCAGGCCUUCGGGUUCAUGUCGGGUACUGCUGUGCACAAGGCUGGCGUGGCCAACCUCGCACUCAAGGACCAACGUCUCGCCUUACACUGGGUACAGGAGAACAUUGCGGCUUUUGGUGGCAAUGCCAGCGAGGUCACGAUUUGGGGCGAGAGUGCUGGUGCGCGCAGCAUCGGCUACCAGCUAAUUGCUUACGAUGGUCGUAACGACGGUCUCUUCCGUAGUGCCGUGAUGCAAUCGGGAGCUUCAGCUUACUGGCCCAAGAGCUUCAAAAACGCCUCUGCCUGGGACAUCAACUACAACAGCAUCACUGAUGCCGCAAACUGCAGCUCUGCUAAGGACACCCUCGAGUGUCUCCGCCAUGUCCCGAUUGACACGUUAUCGGCCAUUUUCAACAGCACUGCAGCCACUUCAGCGAUGUACGCGCCGUCUGUCGACGGUGACUUUCUGAUGGACGUUGGCCCGAAGCUCAUCGGCGAGGGCAAAUUCGUACACGUGCCGAUUCUGCACGGAGCAAACUGUGACGAGGGCACUGCAUUCGGCAAAACGGGUAUUAACACGACCGAGGAGUUCUACGAGUACUUGAUGUGGGCGCGCGACGACGUGCCCGUGUACAGCUACCGGUUCAAUGUUGUGCCCGCUGGUGUCUCGCAGUUUCUCGGCUCGACACACUUUACGGAGGUUGCAUUCGUGUUUUACAACCUUGAAGGCAACGGCUAUAACACGUCGGUGGCGACAGAUCCGUUCCUCAACAAGCCGGACAACUUCAAGCAGCUUGCUCGGAUAAUGACUCGCAUGUGGGCGAGCUUCAUCGUCGACCAGACGCCGAACAACAACGGCGUGAUAGACAUCGAGUGGCCUCAGUACUCGCUCGACGACCCGCAAAAUAUCGUGUUCGACGCCAACGUCACAGAUCUCGCCUACAUUGAGCCGGACCUGUUCCGCGCCGAGGCGAUCGCGUACAUCCACAGUCUGUACAACGCCACCAGCUAG